AUGAGUUUAAUUUGUCUUGAUCCAGAGUUAAGCAAUGUUGAAAGUGGUAAAUAUACUACAGACCGAAGCAACCAUAGUGGAAUAAAAGCUGCUUCUCUUGCAUGUGUUGUAGAGAUAAUGCAGAGCUUGAUCGUCUCAUGCAAUGCAGUGACAUUAGGUGACUAUUUUUAUAGGUCAAUGCAUUAUCCAGUUGCUCAUUCUUCAACCAUGGUUACCAACUUAUUGGGAACGGCUUCUAUGUUGAGCAUUAUUUGGGCAUUUAUUAGUGACUCUUACAUUACAAGAUUCACAACAUUUGUAAUUUCUGGUGGCUUACAAUUAAUGGGACUAGUCAUGCUUACAUAUCAAUCACAAAACCCUAAUUUACAACCACUAGAAAAUGAAACACCAUCAAACACUCAAGCUCUUUAUCUUUACAUUGGACUUUAUUGUACAGCCAUGGGAAUGGGUGGAAUCAAAUCUACCUUGGCUGCACAUGGAGCCGAUCAACUUGAUCAAACCAACAAGAGCCUAAUUUCCUCUUACUUCAAUUGGUAUUUUUUCAGUUUAUGCAUAGGAGCUCUUCUUUCAACAACUGUUAUGGUUUCAAUUGAACGAAAAUAUGGAUGGAGUACAAGUUUCAUGAUAAUGGCUUUUGUUACAAGCUUAUUAUUGUGCACUUUCGUGUCUGGAUAUUCUUUGUAUAAAUAUAAACGCCCCGCUGGAAGUCCUGUGUCUCGGAUCAUUAAGGUACUUGUUGCUUCAGUAAAAAAUAUAAAGAUUUCAACUACUGGAAGUUUGAAUCAUGAUGUCACAGAACAAUUACUUCCUAGAGAGCAAACUCAUAAUAAAUUCAAAUUUCUGAACAAAGCAUUGAUGGAUCAAAACCUUGGUGAUGCUCAAGUUAAGGAAACAAAAACCUUCCUAGGGCUUCUUCCAAUUUUUGUCACAACAAUCAUGAUGAGUUGUAGUUUAGCACAAAGCUUAACAUUCUUAGUACAACAAGGGAAUCUCAUGAACCGGAAGAUAUUUAGUUUCACAAUCGCCACACAAUCUCUAGGAAUAGUUCCAAUUAUUAUCUCACUUAUAUUCAUAAUCACGUUUGAACAAUUCAAAAAGAUGAACAAAAAGAAAGGUACAACAACAAACCAUAAAAUCUACCAACCACUUUUUAGAAUGGGAAUAGGAUUAGCAAUGGUAUCAAUAUCAAUGCUUGUGGCCUCAAUCAUGGAAUAUAAGAGGCUUGAAGCAUUCAAGAAAGGGAAUACACUUUCUGUGUUUUGGUUACUGUUCCAAUAUAUUUUAUUAGGGUUAUCUGAUAUACUUACAGUGGAGGGAAUGAUUGAAUUUUUCUACUCAGAAGCACCUGAAAGUAUGAAAAGUAUUUGUACGGCAUUAUCUUGGUGUUCAGGCUCUAUGGGGAUGUUUGUGAGUUCUGUGUUGGUGACUACAAGUAAUUCAAUUAGUGGAAGAUUUGGAAUGGAAUGGUUUGGUGGAAAAGAUUUGAAUCAUUCUAGGUUAGACCUUUUUUAUGCUCUUCUUUGUGUUAUCAACAUUUUCAAUUUUCUCCUUUUUGUUUACUUUGCCAAGAAGUACUAAAUCUCUUGAUCAAUGUAAGUUAGGAGUAUAAUGAUAUUUUAAUGUUUUAAUAAUAGCAUGUUAUCUAUUGAGAAAUUGAGACAUAAAGAAAUAAAUUGUUAUUGUUAAGUGUUA